AUGUUGGACUCCAUUAACGAGUGUCUGGAUAUCUGUUUCAGGUAUGAGGAGGGUUGGCCGGAGGCCGGAGCAACAGGGUCAGGCCAGUUCCCAGCACCAGGGAGGUCAAGGAGAGGCUCGUCCCGGGGUUCCUGCGGUGCGAAAGGCCCUUUUGUUCAUGUUGUCCUCAGGCCAGUUGGGGAUAAGCCCUCUAGAGGGCGUGGAGGAGGCCGUGGGGCCAGAGGUGGCCGUGGACGAGGCAUGGGACGAGGAGAUGGAUUCGAUUCCCGGGGCAAACGUGACUUUGACAGACACAGCGGCAAUGACAAAUCUCGACAGAAAGGAGAGGAGAAGCGUGGUGGGAGUGGCUUGCACAACUGGGGCAAUGUGAAGGAAGAAGCCAGUGAGCUUGAUCAGUCUGCAGCACCGGAGCCUGUUCCUGAAGGUGAAGAUCAUGCCCCUGCCGACUCCGAAAACAAGGAGAAUGAAGUAGAGGAGGUGAAGGAUGAAGGUCCUAAGGAGAUGACACUGGAUGAGUGGAAGGCCAUGCAAGACAAAGAACGCUCCAAAGUUGAGUUCAACAUCCGCAAGCCCAACGAGGGUAACGACAGUCAGUGGAAGAAGGGCUACGUACUGCACAAGUCAAAGAGUGAGGAAGUUGGCACGCGGCAAGCUGGACCUGUGAUUGAAACUGGAGAUGUUGAUCCUGACUCAUUCCACAAGGCUGAUGAGGGUGGAGAUCACCACUUCCGUAAGCCCGCCAAUGACAUCACCUCCCAGCUGGAGAUAAACUUCGGAGACUUGGGUCGGCCAGGACGUGGUCGUGGAGGUUCUCGUGGAGGCCGUGGCGGUCGUGGUGGUGGAGGUGGUGGAGGUGGUGUUGGUGGCGGCGGUGGACGACCAAGCCGAGGCAGAUCUGAGAAGGGUGGAGGUGUUUCCGUUCCCAACGUGGAUGAUCCCGAGGCUUUUCCAGCCCUGGCUUAAGCCUCCGCUCCGCCACGACCCUUCCUCCAGGCCCCCGCCCCUCCUCUUCGACGCUUGCAUGCUUACGGAUCGUUCGACCAUAGAAACCAGAAAAGAGAAAUACACGAGACUGUCAUCCAUACAUACACCGAGAACUGGCUUUUACUUGCAGACAAACACAAAAAGGACUUCUUGUUACACUGAAGCAAAUCAUGGGUAGAGGUUUUGUAUUUAGAGACAUGAUAGCAGGGAUGUUCAUACAGUAUUUUUUCCCUUUUUUCCAGAGAUUAUGCAUUCGCCAUAAAUAUUUUUUUAUUGCUGCUUGAAUGUAUGCAUUUUCGAGAUAGAAUCAAAGUGUGUUGUGAACACUUGCGCUUCAGUGCGUGUAAUCGAAUACACUCUCAAUGGCUCUACCAAAAGCAGAACGUUUCGUUUUUGUUCGUUUUUGUUCUCCACCAAGUGAGAAUACGAGACUCGUAGGGAUGAUUUUACUAUUAACACAUAUACAGGAGUAAUGUAUAUUGACCAUUUUAAAUGUUUUGAAAGGAAGUUCUAAGGUCAAGCUACCCUCCUGUUUUUUUGAUUUUUUUUCUUGACCGGUAGCAAGAAGCAAAUGCGUUGUCUUGAUCUUGCUUUGGUGUUUUCUGUCGUCCUCUGCUGGACCUGUGAUAUUAGUGUGCAUAGUUGUCUCUGUUCCUCAGAGAGAUUAUUUCCUCAUCUUGUUGAAGCACCCAGGGCUCAAUGGAGAUCCAGGCUGGUCCUUGUACGUUCAUCUCUUAGAAACCUUAGGACCACUUUCUGAACUGUAAACGUGGGUGAUUUUUGUGUGUGUGUGUGUGUGUGUGUGUGAGAGAGAACAUGUUUUUAAAAACUCAUCAUCUGCCAUAAGUUUAUUUUCUUGGGCUUAGAUGGUAAGUUUCAGCAAGUCAUGUUCUUAACACAAAGUUUUAUUGAUUUUUCUUUAGCUGAGGUUGUUGACACAUAGAUUAUGGUGACGUUUGAAAUAUAGCUACUAAGCACGUGGUCUAUUUGCAUCAGUACCAUUUGUUUAUUUUUAUUCCUUCUCUGAUCUUUGCUGUGUUUUUAUUUUGAAUUAUUACUAUGAUGGCACUACUGCUUGCGUUUUCUGGAAAAAAUGUGUAAUUCGGGGGGGGGACAACAGUGUGCUGUGAAAGAAAAGUUGGAACCAGCUUCUUGUGUAUGUGAAAUAGCGAGACCUCCAAGUGUGAUGGCCGAUGUACUCUGUAUUCAUAGGAGGAGGGACAAUAAAAUGGAAGAGGACUCUAGAUUUGAGUCCAGGCUUCUGGUUUGUCA